GAAGAGAAGAGAAGAGGAGAGAAAAAACCAAAGGCAUUCUCUUCUUCAAAAACGCACCCUAUUCUCUUCCUUAUAUGCGUCGCUUUUGUUCUUGAAUCUCUUCCUAUCCCAGAGCAGAUCUCUCUCUCUUUCUCUCUCUCACUGAGAAUAUGUUCCAAUCCAAGAAACCUACUAUGAAUUCACAUGAAAGGCCUAUGUGUGUUCAAGGAGACUCGGGGCUUGUUCUCACAACAGACCCAAAGCCUCGCCUUCGAUGGACUGUCGAGCUUCAUGAAAGAUUCGUUGAUGCUGUGACUCAACUCGGAGGACCUGACAAGGCCACACCGAAGACCAUCAUGAGAGUUAUGGGUGUCAAGGGUCUCACUCUAUACCAUCUCAAGAGCCAUCUCCAGAAAUUCAGGCUUGGGAAGCAACCACAUAAGGAAUUCAAUGAUCACUCAGUUAAGGAGGGUGAGAGAGGACUAGACCUUCAGAGAAAUGCUUCCUCAGGGAUAAUGGGUCGAAGCAUAAAUGAGAACGGUCAGAUCACUGAUGCCCUUAGGAUGCAAAUGGAAGUCCAAAGGAGAUUGCAAGAACAGAUAGAGGUACAAAGGCACCUCCAGUUGAGAAUUGAAGCACAAGGUAAGUAUAUGCAAUCAAUACUAGAGAAAGCUUGUCAAACACUUGAUGGUGAAAACAUGGCUUCAGGAAGCUACAAGGGUGUGAGUAAUCAAGAUUUUGGUUCUCCAAUGGGGGGCUUCCCUUCUCUUCAAGACCUACACAUAUAUGGAGGAGAGCAAGUUGACAUACAACCACAUAUGGAAAGAUCAUCAUCUCUUGAAGGAUUCAUACCAACAGCCAACGAUUCCAUCUGUCUUGGUAAGAAGAGGCAUAGUCCAUAUAACAGUGGUAGUAGCAAGAUUAAUCCUCUAAUGUGGCCUGAUGACCUCAGAUUACAAGAAUUAGGAACAGCAGCAGCAGCAGCAUCAUCUCUAGGAACUCAAGAAGAUGCAUUCAAGGGUUAUCAGCUUCAAAUUGGUGGGUCGACCACGAUGGAUAGCGGUUCAGAUAUGGAUUCCAUGUCGGAUAUUUACGAAUCUAAGCCAAACCUCUCCGGCGAUGGUGUGGGAGAAAAAAGAUUUGAAGCAUCGGCGAAACUUGAAAGGCCGUCGCCGCGAAGAGCACCACAUAAUCAAGUAGAGAGAAUUAAUCCUAUGAUCAAGGGUGGUACCUUACAUCAAGGAAGAAAUUUGCCUUAUGUUUGAAACCUAAUUCAUUAUAAUUCUUAGAUGUAUGAAAUGACCAU